CCCGAGUUGCAUUUCGUACUUCACGCGCUUUUUCCGCGCGAAAUUCCACACGGAUUAUCGGCGCGCCGUGCGUUCGUUGUUGUUUUUCUGGAAUUAGGCCACGGUUUCCGAACGCGCCGACACUUUACUUUCCAUUCAACGACAACAUCGCCGCCGGGCCUCCCUACGGUGUACGUGAGUCGCCUUCAAGUGGUCCCUACAAGCUCGCCGAGGCGGUUUUCUGUCGUGAAGAGGGACGCGCUCCCAUCGCCGGGCUCGGCUCCGACUCGAGGAAUCAUCUCUCGCUGGCACGAAAGCUUAAUAACUCUCUCUUUCUGCCUCGAGCCGGUUUGUCGAAAGAAAUGUCUGAUUAGUGCACAAUCUACGGUCUACGUGACGCCCGAUAAAGAUUACCGAGCAAUUUCUUUUAUCAGAUUACGGAAAUGCGGAUCUACGAGCGCGUCUGACGAUCAGCCGGGAUCAUGGCUCUGACUGUCGUUCCCUCGACCCGCGUUUUCAAUGGAAACGUGGGCACGCAGGCGUACGUUUCCGGCUCGACGGGUUCGAAAUGCCUUUGUUGCCCGUACGGAUAUCACAUCGAUCUGGACUUCGUGCGCUAUUGCGAGGCCGUCGCGGCCGGAAGCGUCGGCGAUAGAUCCAGCACGGAAAGACGCAAGAAGCGAGAACGACGCAGACAAUGUCAAUCAAUGGAGGUUCUCCUGGGGCUGGUGAGUCCGGCACUAGCGGGAAUAGAGGCCGAAUUGCCGAAAAUACCGCAAGAAUGUACGAGCGCGAACGGCGCGGCUAUUCCGCCGAGAUCGAAUCAUCCGCCGCCGAGGCGGCCGAGAGAUCCGCAUCCCUCGCCAGUCCUAGAUCUCAGUGACGUCGUGGGCGACUUCGAGGCGACCCUCGAGCGUUCCUGCAGGUCAUCGAAGGCCUCCGAUCGCCGGCUUGUCACGGACACUGAUGGCACAAAUGGGACGGCACCGGUGCAAAAUGCGGUCCAGGCGGAUCAGCCGGCGGAUUCCGACAGCGUCAGCGUCGGAAGCGGCAACUCAAAUCUCAGUGCCGGCGCACUGCAGAAUAUCAGAGAACAGAUGGCAGCCUCUCUGGAGAGGAUGAAAGAGUUGGAGGAACAGGUCAAGGCGAUUCCCAUGCUGCAGGUGCAAGUCUCGGUGUUGAAAGAGGAGAAGCGCAAUCUACUGCGGCAAGUAGACGAGCUAAGCAAAACGAAUUUCUACAACGACACCCUGCAUAGGUAUCGCAGCCAGUCAUUCUCGGAACAACGCAAUGCCACCCGAAAUCUGAAGAAUUCUGAAACCGUUUCCACAAGGGACAUGGGAACAAUGUGCGGCGUGAUGACAAGAGACGUCGGGGUUUCACAUCAGCAGAUUCGAACAAGAGAUGUCGGCAUGAUAACGAGCACGCCGAUCAAACCGACGCUGCAGAAGAGCCGACUUCAAAUCGAGGAGAUCGCGCCCGAGAUGGACCAAAGUACUGUGCUAAAAGAGACGCAUGUGAAUCUCUCGGGACUCUGCGAUCCCCAUCGUAGCUGGAAGUCGAGCCUGACUCGCAGUCAACUGAUGCUGGAGGAGAUCCUGCCGGAAGUGAGGAAAAGCCAUUUGAUGAAAGCCUCGCCUCGACUGGACUCGAUAUCAUCCAGUGAAAACGACACAAAUAAGCGCAAGAUCGCGAAGAAGCUGCGCGACUUCGGCACCAAUACGGAGAACAAAUCCCCCAGGAGUCUGCAGUGUAGUUAUUUCCUGAUCGAGGACAUCGCGCCGGUAGCGAAGAAAGAGAUCAGGAAGCGUUCCUGCGGUACAACGACAAUCCUAGGUGUCAAGGACAUCAUGUCGAAUGAGGAUGUUUCGGUGCUUAUAGAAAAUGCCUUGAAAGCUUACAAGAAUAGUUUAAUGAAGGCGACUUCCUCCAAAAGCACCCAGUGCAUCCCGGAACCUGCCAGAAUCGUCGAGAAACGGGAUCAGGCAGUCCAGGUGACGGAACAGUUCAAAAUGCGCUCGAACGUGAGCGUGAUGGCCAAGCCGAGUACGACGGAUGUCGGGGUCGAAGUCAGAUUCGGUUCUUGCACGAGAAGCGUGUCCGUCGGACCGGAUCCGGUGGCGGUGCAGCCGCCGGUGUCGUUGAACUCGAUGAACUCGAGGAGUCACUCGUUCAACUACGGCGACACGAGAACGAAGAGUAGAGCGAACAGAUUGAACAGAUCGGUGGGUGUGAUGGUGGACGACCUGGUGAGGACCAGCGCUCGCGCCACCGACACUUCCGGUCUUAUGCCCAAAUCUCGGGAAUUCGGUACGUCGACGAUGAAGAAGAAGUUCGUCGAUGUGUCAGUCGGCGAUUCCGUGAGGCCGCACAUCUCGAUCUCCUGCGCGGCGAAUUACUGCGACAACUGCAAGGAGACGAUCAAGAGUCUGGCGAAGCAGAUCGCGAACAACGCGGAGAACAGUCUGAAUCAUCAGAAUAGCAAUAUGGCGUCCAGGAUCCCGAGGCCGUCUCAUAUUCCCUUGAAUACCAGCGAUCAGAGAAGGCAAUUCAAGCGUCAAGACACGUACACGAAAAUACCGGCGGCUGGUGUGAUAAGAUACGACACGGAUAAUAAGGAGCAAUACGACAGCAGCAAUCGCAUUCAGCAAUUGCAGUCCGAGAAAAGCAAGGAUGAGAAGACUGCGUCAGAAGAGAUGCUGCGUAAUGUGGAGAAGGAAGCGGAUAACGAGGAGAAAUCCGAGCUACCAGAAUCAGCUCUGUUUCAACCGAUCCAAGAUAAGCCCAGGAAGAAAGUUGAGCCUUCGAAAGAGAUGCAGGCCGCCAUGAAGGUGCUCAACGACAGUAUCAAAAAAUCACCCAGUAGAAAUAUUUCCCAUCAGAUGAAGAAUGCUACCAACAUCAUACAGCAAGAAUGGUUUAAAAUAUCCAGUACAUCUAGUGCAAAUCCAUUAGACGUCGAGGAUUAUUUGGACUGCUUUGAAGUAUGCUCCAGCACUCUGCUGGAGUACAUCGUCAACAUGACGGACACCAGUGGGAAUACAGCGAUGCACUACGCGGUCUCUCACGGCAAUUUCGAUGUGGUAUCCAUAUUGCUGGACUCGAAAGUCUGCGACAUCAACAAGGCGAAUGUGGCUGGUUACACGGCUGUGAUGUUAGCUGCUCUAGCAGAAGUCAGGAAUUCCACGCACGCCUCGGUAGCGAAUAGAUUGUUCCAGCUUGCUGAUGUCAACAUACGAGCGAAAUUGCACGGACAAACCGCGCUGAUGUUGGCGGUGUCGCACGGGCGCAAAGAUAUGACGCAGCUGCUUUUGGAUGCUGGUGCAGCAGUUAAUAUCCAGGACGAGGACGGCAGCACUGCUCUGAUGUGCGCUGCGGAACACGGCCACACCGAUAUUGUGAGGCUGCUCCUCGCUCAUCCGGAUUGCGAUCCGUCUAUCGUCGACGUAGACGGCAGCUCGGCUCUGAAGAUCGCUCUGGAAGCGGGUAAUCGGGACAUCGGCGUGCUGCUCUACGCUCACGAGCACGUCAAUCGUGGCACCAGUCCGUACUCAACUCUGAGACGAAGCAGGAGAGGUUCCAAACCGACGACGCCCACUGGACCGUCCCCGUCGGCCCCAGUUAGUCCAGCACCGUCGCGACGUCUUCACUCAUCCAACGUUUCUUUAAACACAUCGAAAUAUUCCGCCAAAUAAUUCACAAACAGUCGUCUUCUUAGUUUCAUCCAUCGCAAGUUUUCUUUUCAUUUCGAAUAUAACGACAGACAGCUGUAGUGUAACCGGAAUCUUGCAUUUCAAUAUAAUUUUCUGUAUAUGAUUUUUUUAUAUUUUAUAAAUUAUGGUUAUAUUCUCAUAUCUACAUGACCAUUGAAUGCAUACAGCGAUACGUUGAAGUCUUCUUGCCUAACCAUCGAUUCGUCUCGACGAGGUUACUGUAUAAUUUAGGAAGUCACGGAUGAUGCUCAACAUUGUACAUACCUAUUCAGGAUAACGGUAGAAAAAAAUCGUGUAAUUUAGUUCGUAGCUGUAAUCUUUAGUAACAGUCCCGUCGUAGGUGCUGUCGGAAUUGACGAAUCUUUCCUUUGUAAAUUUUUAUACAACACUGAUUGUACAGCACAUUUUUGGAGCAACGCGGUUUUUAUCGUAGGCAGAGUGCGAGGAGUGUAGAGAGAAGAGAAUGUUUAACAUGACAAGACAGUCCACAGCGAAACAUCGGUCGAUUUUUGUUUCUAUUUUUUUUUUUUAACUCUGUGGCAUUAAACAUUCCAAAAUAAACAAUCGAAUAAUCCAAAUUUUUUACGAAAUUUAUAAUUUAUACACCGUAGUACACAAACUUCAGGCCUAAUCUUGAAUUACUCCUUGGGAUCAAAUCGUCAAUAGCGUAAUCGUACACCAGUGUGUGUAGAUAAACAUUAUGUAGUGAUACAUGUGUUAUACCUGUGUGAGAAUCUACGAUUCACAGCGUUUUCAUACGCGAGCGACAUCAAACGUACUUAUUGUUCUACAUCGAGAUACAAGUGUUAGAUAGCGAAAAAUUAUAUACAUAGAAAAUGGUAUAUAUAUAUAUUAUAUAGUUGUGAAACACACGCAAGAGCGUCGAAGAAUUUAUAAAGGAAAUUAUGUUUCUGAACUUGUUAGUAAUUUUCAUAUCGAGAACUUUAUAUACAAUGAUAUCGAGAUGUUAAUGUACGUUUAUUUAAUCGGAGUCCCAAAUGAAUCGUCAACGCGAUAUUGGAAAUUGCGUUCUCGGUUUACAUGAGAGAAGAACAAAUAAAUUGAGCGUUUUUUCUUAUAGGGUUGUGAAUAGAUAACUGUAAUUAAAUUAUUUAAGUUCGAGAGCGAAUUCAAAGAAGAAAGAGAGAUCUAAGUUAACGUUAUCGUAAGUGUGUGUUUCUCCGUCUCCGAGAAUAAUUCUAUAACAAUUGUUGAUAUGAGAUGACUAUCUGUAUAUCAACAUAGAAAACUGUACGAAACACACUGAUACCGUAGGAAUCUAGAAAGUAGUGAUACUUCUUAUUGUUUGUGCCUUUAUAUUUAACAUAUAAUAUAGGAAAUAAACUAAAAAAAUUAUU